AAUGCGCAAACAUACAAAUGAAUGAUCAAGCACUGUCUUAGUUAUAUUUGUCACCUCCCAAUGACUACAGUCUUUGAAACAAGAACCCAAACACUGAUACCAGAAGGAGCCUGGCAUUGAAUCGAGAAACAGCUGCUGACCUGUUUAAAAGGCAAUCCUAACUACUUUAGAUUUGUCUUUGCAUUUGCAAUUCUAAUCAGGAUAAGGAGCCAGCAUAUUCAAAAGGAGCUUCUAAACCAGUAACAAAAAUGUUCAGAAUACAAAAAUCUUUGUUGGUACAAUUGACAGUACUUUUCCAAAUCGCUGUUAGUGACAUGUCUCUGGACAAUCAACGCUCAUCGACUUUUGAAAUGAUUCAUAACCCUGGAGAAGAAAUGACGGAGCUGGUCCAGAAACCAUUUCACCUUUGCAGUAUAGAUGCCAAGUGCAAUUUUGUUGUGAAGGACAUCAUAAAAAACACGUUCUAUAUUUGUAAGAAUGAAAGUGAAGUUCCGCAAAACAAGACAAAUUUGAUAAUCUGGAAGAGAAAAAGGAGAUAUUCCUGUUUUGAUUGGCGAUAUGAUUCUGCAAUGGUCAAUGGGAUAUACAGAAUAUCAGAUGAUGACGGAGUUGAAUUCAACGUUUACUGCGAUUUCACAUCAGAACCAAACUCAGUAUGGAAUCUGAUCGAAUCUUUUUCUUUGGGAAAAAACGAAUUGUUCAAAGACAAGCCAUUCAACAUUGAUUUUCCGUACAUGGAAGACUUUCCAAACAGGGACAAUUACAGACUCAGCAAGACAAGGAUCGAGAAAAUCAAGUCAAGAUCAACUCACUGGAGAGCCACAUGCAGCUUCGAUGUUUUUGGUGUUGAUUAUCAAGAUUACAUCAGAUUCAAACUUUCUGCAUUUGAUCCACUUUGCUGUUACAUAAAUGCAUCACCUAAGCUUGUAGAGCUUGUAAACGUCAGAGGGUACAGCGCUACGGAGCAAUUAGUUGAUUUUUGGCAACGUGAGGGAGAACAUCUUCACCUUAAUUCGAACUUGGGUGUUCACUUUCAGCAAGCAAGGAACGGAUCUAUAUAUAGCGAAGAUAAUUUUGGACUCUAUUUAUUCAGAAACGAAGCAUUUAGGUGCACUGCCAAUAGCAGCAGCACCACUCAACAUUGGAUUGGAAUAAAAUACCCAUGACGCUUUCUCUUGUUUUGUGAUACUAUGAUUCAAUCAGAAUAUUUAUGUUAUAAGAUUUAAUACUGCAAAGUUUCAAAAUGGCUCAGAAAGGUGUAGGGUGUCAUAUUAAAGCAUUUUUUACAAAAUAAAGAAACCUCUAAGAAACGUCUUGCACUUGAAACAUUAAUUAUAGAAUUUAUAGAGAGAGUGCUAUUCCUAAGCUUACUUUGUAAUAAUAAAUGAAUCAUUGACAAAAGGCUAGAACCUUCUGAUAUGAUAUAGAAUUUCAACCCCUUUAUUUCCAGUAAGUAAUGGAAGGAGUUAAAAGAAUCUCAAGAAUGUGUGCUUUAUGAGUUAUACAGUCAGAUGCAAAUUUAUAUAUUCUUUUAUCAAUUAAGAAAAAAUUUUAAUGAUUAGGAAUAACAUAGAUUGGAAUUUCGGAGUAAAAUAUAAGCGAUGUGAUCAUCCAAUUAUUCUCUCUCGUAAAGGAUAGAUAAAUUCAGAGUUCCCAAUCUCAUUUUUGCCCCCCCCCUCCCCCCUUAAGAAACUUUCCCUAUUCUUUCAAAAGCGAUUGGAAGUAAAAAGUAUUAAUGUUGGAAAUAGAAGUUGAAAUCGAUGACUGAUCUCUGAUGCCGUUUUCUGCUUUUCAGCUUCUCAAAAUAUUAAAUGUAUAAAAAGGUGAAACUUCUCUAUUUUUUGCCUUGCAUAAAAUAAUUAUUUUCAUCAAUGAGCAAACUUAUGGUUUUUAUGCUUAUUCACCAUUUUUUCACGAAAAUGAACAAAAAGCUUUUGCAAAAUUUUAUCCUUUCAGGGGCCUUUAAGACGAAAAUUAUUGGCAUAUUAUCGUAGCAUAGAAACUUUACGUAACAUUAUUUUAAAUUUUUUAGCAGUAUGCGGAUUUAAAAGGUCUUUGAAUAAGCAAACAAUUUACUGGAUACCUAAAGAGUUUCCUUUUGACUCUCCUCAGAGUACGCUAAUUUUUUUAUUAGAAACAGUUUGUAAGAAACGGUAGGCUCAAUUUUUCGAAAGUUGAGAAACAACCCUGCCCAAAUUUA